AUGGCUGUACCGACCGACAAGUCACAGCUACAGAGACCUUUAGCAAAGGUUUACAUAUUUGACAAAGUUCAUUUCUUACUUUUCAGCACCAAGCAGCCCAUUACGCCAAAAUUUACUUCCGAAACGGUGAAGGCCAAAAUUCAGGACAAAGAAGGCAUUCCUCCGGACCAGCAGCGUCUUAUUUUCGCCGGCAAGCAGCUCGAAGACGGCCGCACCCUCUCGGACUACAACAUUCAAAAGGAGUCUACCCUUCACCUCGUCCUCCGGCUGCGCGGAGGCAUGCAAAUCUUCGUUAAGACCCUCACCGGCAAGACCAUAACCCUGGAGGUCGAGCCCAGCGACACCAUCAAAAAUGUGAAGGCUAAAAUCCAGGACAAGGAGGGCAUUCCACCAGACCAACAGCGUCUCAUCUUUGCAGGCAAGCAGUUGGAGGACGGCCGCACUCUCUCCGAUUACAACAUUCAGAAGGAAUCGACCCUCCACCUUGUCCUCCGGCUCCGUGGUGGCCAGUAGAACUUUUUUUUACUCCUAGCUGGGCUGGUCCAGCGACUUUCAUUGGUUUUGUGUUGACCGGCCUUCGGGCUUUCACACACAACGGGACGUGAAGUC